UUCGGCUAGAGUUGUCAUCUAGCACAUUAAGCUGUGUGCGUCUGCUGUUUAGAAUUAUCCUGCCAUUAUCUAGCUCUGGGCUGUUGGUCUCCACCUGCUGCUGUGGACCAGGUUUUGCAGAGAACUCCAAAAGCAGUCUUAUUCACAACCACCCAUCUGCGACAAUGGACUUCAUUGGAACUGGAACCCUUAUUCUGGUUCUCUGUAUCACCUGCCUCAUAUUCCUCUUCAUGUAUAUUGAGAACAAUAAGUGGAAAGACAUGCCGCCUGGACCUACUCCGCUUCCUCUCCUGGGAAACAUCCUACAGCUAAACAUGAAAGAGUUGCCCAAGUCAUUUAAAAAGCUCGCCAAGAUCUAUGGUGAUGUAUUUACUGUUCAUCUCGGACCAAGGACUGCGGUUGUCUUAUACGGAUAUGAUGCAGUAAAGGAGGCUUUGGUGGACAACGCCAAUAUCUUUAGCCAAAGGGCAAAAGUUCCUGCAGCAGAACUUAUUUUUAAAGACUAUGGCGUUAUUCUUAGUAAUGGGGAGCGUUGGAAACAGAUGCGUCGCUUCUCUCUCAUGACGCUGCGAAAUUUCGGAAUGGGGAAGAAGAGCACUGAGGAACGAAUCCAGGAGGAAUGUCGGUUUCUUAGAGAUGAGUUUAAUAAAACAUCAGGUGCACCCAUUGAUCCCACUUUCCUCCUGACCAUUGCUGUAUCCAACAUGAUCUGCUCUAUUGUGUUUGGAGAGCGUUUUGAAUAUGAAGACAAGGAGUUCCUUGGCCUGCAUGCCAUGCUGAAAGAAGUUUUCAAGAUAAUAUCUUCUUCCAUUGGGCAGCUUCUCAACUCUUUUCCAAAACUUAUCAGUCGUAUUCCUGGACCUCACCAGAAAGUAUUUAGCAAUUUUACCAUGUUGAAAGCAUUUGUGAAGAAAAAAGUGAAGGAACAUCAGGAGACGUUGGACGAGAACUUCCCCAGGGAUUUAAUCGAUUGCUUCCUAAUGAAGAUGGAGGAGGAGAAGGAAAAUCCUAACUCGGAGUUCCACUUUGAAAACUUAUUUGUCACCGUGAUGAACCUUUUUUUUGCUGGGACAGAAACUACAACCACAACUUUGAGACGUAGUUUGAGGAUUUUGCUCAAGUACCCAGACAUACAAGCCAAAGUACAGAAAGAAAUUGAUCAGGUGAUUGGCCAGGACCGCCCUCCCUGUAUAGAAGAUCGGGACAAAAUGCCAUAUACAGAUGCUGUGAUCCAUGAAAUGCAGAGAUUUGCAGACAUUGUGCCUACGGGUGUACCCCAUGCAGUAUCUGAAACUACAGUAUUCAGAGGCUACACAAUCCCCAAGGACACCACCGUGUUUGCUUUUCUGACCUCUGUCUUGAAGGAUCCGAAACACUUUCGAAACCCAGAGAUAUUUGAUCCUGGUCACUUUCUGGAUGACAAUGGCAGGUUCAAGAAAAAUGAAGCUUUCAUGCCAUUUUCCACAGGGAGGAGGAUCUGCCUUGGAGAAGGGUUGGCGAAAAUGGAGAUCUUUAUUUUCCUCACCUAUAUCCUGCAGAAUUUCACCCUGAAAUCUGAUGAAGACCCUUCAGCUAUUGACAUUUCUCCUCUGCCCAACACCAACAGUGCUAUACCUCGCCCUUAUGAAAUGCGAUUUGUCCCACGCUGACAGCUCCAUCUAGCUGUUUAAUAUGUUCCAGAGUUAAUAAAAAUGUGACAUGUAUUAAUUCAUGUUUACUGUACUACUAAAUUUCAUAUACAGCAAUAGAACAUUUCCAAUUGAAGUGGAUCUAUCUUACAUAAUUCACUUACUCCAUUCUGUAAUUUCAGCACUGACCAGAAGAUUUCCUACAUGGAAGAUAAUCAAACUAUUUUGAUUGUUUGCAUGAGUGUUGUAUAUUUGCACUUUCCUUUUCCAAUCAGAUGGGUGUUUAUGGGUGGCAAGAAUUCAUAUCAGUAAAAUACAUUUGUUGCACGGCUGAUAACCUUUUUUUUAGUUUUUGUACUUAUUUUAGAGAACUAAUAUUUGUUUUGGGAUAAAUAUGGAUUUUGUAAUGGUAGCAUGUUAAAAAUUAGUUUAUGCUCAUUUCCUCUGAUUUAUAAAUAAA